ACUGAUGGCGAUGAAAUGAUUCAAUGGAUAGACGCGCUGUCUGUCUCUGGUGGCGGUGAUUGUCCCGAAUAUACAAUAUCUGGAAUACGGGCAGCUAUAGGACUAUCUGAAAUAAAUUCGAAAGUGUAUGUUUUUACUGACGCGGACGCUAAAGAUGCCAUUAAUGCUAACAUUGCCAUACGUGAAGGAAAUGCGAAAGGGAUAACUGUGGAAUAUCUACUGACCGGAAGGUGUUAUUAUCGGAGACGCAGAGAUACUUUAUUAAGACAAAGGCGAGAUCUGGCAACGUUUCAAACUAUCGCAAAAAGUACAGGAGGAACUGUGUAUCAAAUCGGAAGUAACGAGCUCUCCACUGUCCUUGAUCAAUUACUUGAGGAAAGCUUUACGUCCUCGACAGCGGUGAUGGACUAUUUUGUCCAAACAACAUCAGAUGGCCACUACAUGGAUAUCAAUGUAGACAGUGUAACAGACAGUCUUAUAAUCACUAUAUCGGGUCCAUAUAGUGAAACGGAGGCGUCCUUAGCAGACCCAACAGGAACAGUAGAAUUGUUUUCAUCAGGAAAUGCUGUUCAGUCUAUUUCCAGUAAUAGGAUCACCAUGACGAUUCUGAAUCCGUCGCCCGGUACCUGGGUACUGACGCGCUCUGCAACUAGACAGUGGGAGGUCAACGUGACUGUGUACAGCGAUUUAGAUAUAGACUUUCAGCUUAUAGAGACGGACGACUCUGGGAUAUACUACGUAUCCAACAGAAACCCAAUAAUAGGUGAGACAUACACACUGGCCAUUGUCGUCUACAAUCUGAACUCUUCCUCGACAUCCUUUGCUGUGAACAUUCUGGAUGAGGACGGGACGGUCACAUUCACUGCCCCAUUAAAUAUCACGUUUGGACUGGCUAAAAUAACUGGCUAUUUGUCAUUUGCGAUCCCUUCUACGACUUUUUACGUCCAGUUAAGUGGGAUUGACCAGAAUGGCUACCAGUUCAAAAGAAUGGUAGGGACAUUAGUCACUCCGGUCGCUGUGGAUUUGUUCGUACAGCCAAUUUUUGGAAACCUUGCUAUAGGGACACCUCAGGACGUUACCUAUACAAUACGUAACCUGGGUGACACUACAGAAACAUACACCGUUACUAUCGUCGAUGAUAAGGGACGCGUCUUGUCUCCAUCGUCAAGACAUCACAGUGUCAACGCAGGGAAUAACAUAACUGGCACCUUUCAGUUAUCUAGCAUCGUCGAACUGGAGUACAUCACCUAUACAGUCAGCGCUAACGUUUAUGGAUCAUCCAUUGUUCUACAGUCAACGACAUACACAGCCAUGUUUACCGGGCCGUUCUGUUCGUCACUGAUGACGUCACCUAAAUGCAGUCAGGUCAAUGCCGAGAGUAGCAAUUGUUCGUCGUUUACGUGGUCUGCUACUGCUGUGUUUUCGUUUGACGUAUGGAUAUUCCAUGUCGCCGAUGACGUCACAAUAACCAUUGACGGUGUCGACAGGACACGUCUUCAUAUCACUGGCAAUUGCUGUGUACGAAAUUUUACAGUUAAUGCGUCCCAUCAACCGGAAGUGGUUGCCAGGUGUUACAGUUGGUAACAACAACGACGACGUCGUCUCAAUUGUUGGUUAAUGACGACUCUUCCAGCAAGGAUGAAGAUGAGGACAGAUAUUUAACUGAUGACACAGGUACUAAUAUCGGGCUGAUCGUUGGGGUGCUACUUGGAGUAGGCGUCCUCGUACUGGCUGUAACAGGCUUAUUGAAGUACGUCUUACGGAAAAAGAAUGCUUUGAAAGAUGAUGGCGUGAUAGAAAUUCAAGACGAAACGCAUGCCGACACUUCACAGAGCAUGCGAUUCGAUCCAAAGUUACUUGACUCCAAGUCACUGGACAUGAUGUUUACAUCGUUUCCGCCGGAGGAUACAAGGCUGAGUUAGAGCACCACUAAUCUUGGCGAAGGACGUGGACAAUCUCGAAUGCAGUAGAACAAGCAGUCAUAUACCAGCCUACCACAAGGAGCUAUGGCUAAUUAAUUUGAUUUCUCGGUUUUCCGUCUUUUGUGUUCCUCGAUCCGUAUUUAUCGAUCAGUAUUCCGUCAUCCGCAUUCUUCAUUCCGCAAUCCAUUCGUCGCAUAGAUUUAUAUUUAACUUGCUUGUGAUCAAUUAUCUUUGAAUUUUGUAUGUUUUUUUCUUCUAUCAUAUAUUCAACAUAUCUCAGUUACUGACUUGAACACGUGGAAUAUGUAGAAACAAAUACUAUGUUGACGUCAUUGGCAUAAUCUAUAUAGCGUCACAAUUGUCUUUCAAAUAGAGGGAACAGAUCCGGAAACAUAUUCCUUUCCGUUGGCGAGUCUUGGAUUGAAUAACAAGAUAAGAUAUACCGUGCCAUAUCUUCAUAUAUUCAAAAAAGGGGAAUAUUAUAUAGCACCCGGCAAUAAUCUUUAUAAAAUGAUUAUGUUUAUUAGGCCAUUACCUUGUGCUUUUUACUGUCUUCAUCUCGUUGUGUUAAGGAUUGAAUCUUGAUUUGGUCGAUUUCAUGAGGUCAUGAAUUGAGUUGCUCUUGAGACAAAUUCAACAUGAACUGCUUCGACCAAA